GUUUAUAAUAAGCAUAUCAGUUGGGCAAGUGAAGCGUCUCGUGUAGAAUCACAGCUAAAUAUCCUAACGAUACACCGUCGAGGUCCAAAAUUUUGGAAGAUGAUGUUAAUCGGGACAUUGAUGAUAAAAUUGAUAAUAAAUCAAUAAACUCCAGCGACAGCUUGUUGAUCAAAAAUAAAAAUCCAGUUCAAGUUAAAAAUAAAAUAAAGCACAUUACCCAAGAAACGAGUGGAAUUACAGCAGCUAUUAAUGAGCUUAAACAACUGAAUAGAUAUACAGUUGUUUUCAGCAAUGUGUUGAGUACGAUGUUAUUGGAAAACAUGUCGCUAUUCAACUGAGACAGCUCCCAUUACCCGAUUUUAUAGAUGCCAAAGAAUGAAAUCCAACAAGUACUUUCCCGAUACCGAAAAAAAGCUAUAUAUGCCCGAAACACAUCUGCGUUUUCCUCAUAUAAUACAUACGUCCUCGCCAAUGUCCUACAUAUCGCUGACAUCACCAGGAUCCAGUGUACCAAGUGAUUCAUUCCCAGGACCUGUCCCAAUAUCUGAUCGGCCUGCAGAAAGAGUUACUCGGCAGCCAGUUCAAACAGUUGUUGGACAACGAUCAAAUGCAUCAUACGAGGCUAUCCACUUUAGUGAUCCACUAGUCAGAGCAAUGAUAGAUGCUGAUAUGAACAAUAUGCAAUAACUUUUAUCCUCUGUGUUACUUUUGUGUUAAUUUUGUAUGACUUGGUUUGUCUUUAAUAAAUGAUUGAAUGUAUGAUGUAUGAUCCACACA